AUGUCAAAUUUUAGCUUCAAUCAGUCAUGGUGCUAUCAUACAGGCACAAAAAGUGUAUCUGGGCAUGCGACCCCCGUAGGAUACCAAAUCUUGCUAGCGUUGUCUAUGCAGAUGUUUGGACUCGGCCUUGCGGGGCUCUCAUACAGAUAUAUAAUAGAGCCACCGCAUAUGAUUUGGCCUUCUACUUUGGCCAAUGCAGCUCUAUUCCAAACGUUGCACAGUGGCGCAAAUCCCAUAGCCGAUGGUUGGAGAAUUUCCCGGUAUCGGUUCUUCUUGUACGUCUUCAUUGGCGGCCUUUGCUGGUACUGGCUUCCUGGAUAUAUAUUCACCGGGCUAAGCACCUUUGCUUUUUAUCUGCUGGGCAGCUCCAAACAACAAAGUAGCCAAAUAGCCUACAACUCUUCUCCCUUAACAAUCCCGUUUUGGGCACAAGCAAAUGUCUUUUCUGGUUGGUUUUGCAUUUAUGCUGUCAUCGCGCCAAUCUUGUACUAUACCAAUACCUGGUAUACUGCCCACCUACCUCUGACCGGCUCUGACGCUUACGACAACACUGGCAAUCUCUAUAACUCAACCCGGAUUCUGAAUGACGAAGAUACGAUUGAUGAUUCCAAAUAUCGGAACUACAGCCCUAUUUUCUUACCCAUCACCUUUGCGCUGAGCUAUGGCGUUGGGUUUGCUGUUCUGAGUUGUCUUUUGACUCACGUGCUCCUCCAUCAUACCAAGGAUAUCCUUGACACCUUCAGAGGUCAAAAUAAGAAGGACAUACAUGUCCGUUUGCUUUCACGCUAUCCUGAUGUUGCAUGGUGGUGGUAUGCGAUCUUGACAGUCAUCGUUGUGGUUGUUGCCAUCAUGGUCCAAUACGUCUGGAACACGGGGCUUCCGUUCUGGGGUCUAUUUAUUACCCUAGCUCUUGCUACUCUCUAUGUGAUUCCGGUCGGAACUGUGUAUGCUGUGGCGAACCUCAAUGCCAAUGUUCUAACUGUUUUGGGAGAAAUUGUGUCGGGCUAUUUACUCAAGGAAAAGCCGCUCGUCCUUCUCAUCUUUAAGUUUUAUGCGUACACUGGUCUUAGUCAAGCAAUGUACUACGGUGCUGACAUGAAGCUUGGUUUGUACAUGAAGAUACCACGACGAACACUGUUUGUCGCUCAGUUAAUUGCCUGUAUCCUCGGUACUUUGACACAGAAUGGUGUUCUUCUGUGGAUGCUUGGGCAUGUCAAGGAUGUAUGCGCAACUGACCAGCCAAAUAAUUUCACCUGCCCUCAAGGUCGAGUCAACUAUAACAGUGCUGUAUUCUGGGGAGCUAUUGGACCCACACGACUUUACAAUAUUGGGCAGAGAUAUUCUGGACUUCUUAAUAUGUUCUGGAUCGGUGCACUACUCCCCAUCAUUACACUCUUUGUUCGAAAGAAGUACCCUAAUAACCGCAUCUUGAAUGCGAUCCAUUGGCCAAUUUUCUUUGCUGGGACAGGAAAUUUACCACCGGCGACUGGCAUCAACUACUCCACGGCUUUUGUAGUCAGCUUGAUCUUCAACAAGAUCAUUAAAGGUCGUCGACCAAAUUGGUGGGCUAAGUACAACUAUGUCCUGUCUGCAGCCCUAGACUCCGGUGUUGCUGUCUCUGCUAUUUUGAUUUUCUUUUCAUUGGUACUUCCUGGCGUUAGCCUUAGCUGGUGGGGGAACAAUGUCAAUGGCGGAACGGUUGAUAGUAAAGGCACCCCGUGGUUAGAGUUGAAGGCGAACGAGACGUUCGGCGAGAGCGCUUGGACAUGA